CGCGUUAUGUAUUUUGUUUCCGGCCACGUAUUUUAGCAGAAGACGCUGUGUGACUGUCAAAGUUACAGAAGAUCAGUAUCCCGUAUUAUUAGGCCAUUUUACCUGAACCUUAGGGAAGUAAUUAUGAGCAGGUGAUACCCUAGGAGUGAACAAGGUCGGUGGUAGUGAGAGUGAGACAGACAAGAUGGAGAGGAUGUGGUUAUUUGUGGUGGUGUUGGUGAGCUGGAUGGCUAUGACCGCCGGGGUGGAGUUAACAUUUGAACUCCCAGACAACGCCAAAGAAUGUUUUUUCGAGGAUAUAGAAAAGGGUACAGAAUCGACAUUAGAGUUUCAGGUAGUAACUGGAGGGCACUAUGAUGUAGACGUUGUUCUAGAAGGACCAGCUCGGCAGAUCCUUUACAGAGAGAUUAAACAGCAGUAUGGCCAGUUCCAGUUUACUCCAGAGAUCACUGGCACCUACCAGGUGUGCUUCAGUAAUGAGUUUUCAACUUUUAGUCAUAAGCUCAUCUACGUAGAUUUUCAAGUAGGCGAUGAGCCUCAGUUACCUGGAGUGGGAGAACACUUUACUGCAAUGACUCAGAUGGAGUCAUCCUCACAAAAGAUUCAUGAGGAUCUAAACUCCGUUAUAGACUACCAGACCCAUCACCGUUUACGUGAAGCUCAGAGCCGCAAGAGAGGAGAGGAUCUCAAUGAGCGAGUGCUCUUCUGGGCUGUUGGGGAGACCCUGGGGAUUCUGGUAAUCACUGUGGGUCAGGUGAUGGUUCUCAAGAACUUCUUUGCUGACAAGAAGACUAAUCAAGCUGCUUACUAAACUUCAAGUCAGUUAUGUUAAACAGUUAGAUAAUUUAUUUGCUUCUAAAGAAGAACAGAGAUGCCAGCUUCAGAAAAAUCAUUUUACAACACCAUUUUUCCUUAAUCACUUACUAUUAUGCUGCAGUUAAAAUACAAUCUAGUUUCAUAAAAAUUUAUAACCUGUUUCAACUUCAGUAGUGUGGUUUUAUCUUACAUCAGUAACAACAAAGUUAAAGUUAAGAAAUUUCAUAAGUUUUAAUUACUGAUGAUUAAGGAUUUGCAUCUCCCACAUUCAAAACAUCCAAUUUCACUUUAGAUCUUUUCAUUUCUCAAACUAGAAGUAAAUGCUUUUAACAUACACCAAUAUUCCAUUUAUAUGAGCAUCUGUUAAUUCGUAUUAAAAUCCUGACAAGAAGACUUCUAUAAGUACUUACCAAUAUUUAUCACACAUUGCUUUAUCAUUCAUAUGUAAUAUCACAAACUGACAUCUUUUAGGCCUUUCAUCAAACCUUCGAUUCCCUAAUACAUGCAUCCAGUAAUGCAUUAAUUUGAGAAGAAUUAAGGAAAAGAACUAACCUGAGCUGUAUUUUUUAGGAUAUGGAUUUAAAAUUUGUUUUGCCCGAAUCCGUUGAUAGUAAGGAGUUGCUGGAUCUGACACUGAAGUUGCACAUGUAUGGGAUAAUUCUUGUCCCAGGAUAGUUUUUGCUGUUCAAAUUUAUAUGUAUUAAAAUAGAUAUAGACAUUGUAAAGUUAUUCAGAAGCCAGCAAUCUAGCUGGGUUUUUGUGUUGUGUGGAGACAUAGCAGAGUAUUGAUUGAGGUCAACGAGUAAGGGUCAGUUGCAUCAACUGUCACUGUAAGACAAUACUGUAUUACAUAUAAGACCUCGAUGUAUAUGUAUUUGUUAAAAGUCGUGAGUGGUUAUCUUAUUUUAAGAGUUAGCUUCUUUACUUUGGGUAAGCUAUUUGAACAUUAAAAUUUUGAAUGAAGGAAGUUUUUUUUUUUGCUCUACUUCAGGAAAAAAUUAUAUUGAAUGUAAAGAUUGUACAGGCUAUCUCUUAAGGUAAUUACUUUGAUUAUUAAGAGGUAAAAUAGUUUUGGUUGUGUGAGAGAUCUGUAAAUACAGAAACGUGUUAUAUUUGAAUGGAAGAUAUAUUUAAGCGAUAAUUUUGAGUCUAGGGGGUACUGAUAUGUGGCUCACACAAGACUUGGCAGCCUAUUAACCCUGACUAUGGUACAAUUAACAGCAAGGUAACUUUAUUAAACUGAUUCUUCAGUAAAUUCCAUCACAAGGUGUGUAAUCUUAUUCAAAUUUUCAUGGUGUAUGUGCGCAUUAUUAACAUACUCAUUGCUAGUUUUUUAAGUUGAUGGAAUUCUUUUCUAUUUCAUUAUUGUACUUGUACGGUAUAAAAUGAGAAAUCUUGUCAAAGCAUUUUGACAUUGUGUGAUGUAGUGUGGUGAUAAAUUAUUGUUUUUGUAUGUACUAUCUUAAUAAAAUAUGAGUUUAAAAA